AAAAAUCGUCAUUAGAGUUUAUGGGAAAAUAUGAUUUUGUCCCAUACAGCAUUUUAUAAUCUAUUUAAGUAAAACAGGUAAGAUUCUUAAAUGUGUAUUCAUUUCCAUUGAUUUGUCAACAGCAGUCAAAUUAAAAGAUCUAAGCUAGUUACAGUGUUUUUUAAAUUACGUUUUUGUGUUACAUAAAAUAGCCUUAGUGUUGUUGUUUUUGAAGUGCUGAGGAAAAUCCUGAUUUCUUCUGAUUUUGUGUAUUUUUCAUACUAAAUAGUUUUAGAACUUCAAUCAAGAUAUACAACAAAGGCAACAGAUGUAAGGAGGUUCAAGCAGGAAGGACACAGGAGGCAGUUCAAAGUCUACGUGAGUCAACUUUUAAGUGUCUUCAGCUCUCAACAAAAUAUCUGCUUUCAGCUUCACAAUAACACAUCAGCUUUUCAGCUUCUCAGCUUCACAACAUCAAGCACCCAGAAUGUCAUCCAAUGAGAGGGAAGAGACAAAUGACACCCGAACAAUGCUGGCCCAAAAAGCCUCAGAGACCAAUAGCUGGAGAGAGGGCAACACUGACAAGAACCAUCACAGAGGAGUUACAGAAGGUCCCAUUCAACCAAGUGAUGAUGCAUCCAUUGUAACGGAUGCGAAUACUAUUGCUGCUAAGAACUUGGCCCUGCUCAAAGCCCACUCUUUGGAUGUGAAGUUUGAAGUUGGGGAAGAAUAUGAUAUUAUUGAGACCAUUGGCACAGGUGCUUAUGGUGUGGUCUCAUCGGCCCGGAGACGAGACAAUGGCCAGCAGGUGGCAAUAAAGAAGAUCCCUAAUGCUUUUGAGGUUGUGACGAAUGCCAAACGUACACUCCGAGAGCUCAAGAUUCUGAAGCACUUCAAACAUGACAACAUCAUUGCUAUUAAAGAUAUUCUUCAGCCUGUGGUCCCUCACUCAGCUUUUAAAUCAGUUUAUGUGGUUCUUGACCUCAUGGAGAGUGACCUGCAUCAAAUUAUCUAUUCCCGGCAACCUUUGACCCCAGAACACACACGCUACUUCCUAUAUCAGCUGUUAAGAGGCCUGAAGUAUAUUCAUUCUGCCAAUGUCAUUCACCGUGAUCUCAAGCCAUCUAACCUUCUAGUCAAUGAAAACUGUGAGCUAAAGAUUGGUGACUUUGGUAUGGCACGUGGAUUAAGUGCCGCCCACUCCGAAGAGUCACGUUCUUUCAUGACGGAGUAUGUGGCCACCCGCUGGUAUCGUGCUCCUGAGCUCAUGUUGUCCCUUCACCACUACAGCUUGGCCAUUGACCUCUGGUCUGUGGGCUGCAUCUUUGGCGAGAUGCUUGGCAGGAAGCAGAUGUUUCCAGGGAAAAACUAUGUGCAUCAACUGCAGUUGAUUCUUUCUGUUUUGGGCACUCUGCCUGCAAGUAUCAUAGGGUCUAUAGGAUCCGACCGGGUGCGCUCAUACGUGCAGAGCCUACCCUCAAAAGCACCAGUACCCCUUGCUGUAUUGUAUCCGCAGGCUGAGCCUGCUGCACUGGAUUUGUUGGGUGCCAUGCUCCGCUUUGAUCCUCAUGAGAGAACCAGUGCAUGUCAAGCCCUAGAGCACCCCUAUCUCGCCAAGUAUCAUGACCCGGAUGAUGAGCCGGUGUGUGUGCCUGCCUUUGAUUUUGAGUUUGAUCGACAGCCUAUGGGCAAAGAACUGAUAAAAGAGGCUAUACUGGCAGAAAUGCAGGACUUCCAUAAGAAGAAUCAGGGAGUCAGGAAGAAGAUCCAUUUCACACCACUGUGUAGUUCUGUUCCAGCAGUGCGUGGCAUCUGCAAUAACACCCUUUGUGGUGCUCCACAGUCUCAGGUCCUGACAGAAACUGCACAAACUCGCCAGCAGCCAAAUCUCAAGUUCAAACCACCAGACACUAAACAAACUAAAGCAGUUCCUCCGUUUUGUAACCAAGUUAAUCCACAAGCCCCGCACCAUCUCACCCAGAUGUUGCCAUCUUUGUCCCAGUCAGUAGGCUGUCAGGAUGUGGACAUGCUCAGUGCAAACUCUGACGGCCAACCGGAAACAAUUGAUCUGACUACUCCCACCUCUAGUCAGGGUACACCUUUUAAUGAACCAAUGACAUACUGCGAAAAGGAGAUUCCCUCCUCAAAUCAAGCUCCUCCCAAACACAUGGUUCAGUCCAUUCCCAUCUCUCCGACUCUGCCCACAUCUGGGCCCGCCAGUCUCCCUCAGUCUGGCCCUUCACUCUCUCUCACACAGUCCCAGGCUCAGUCAUUAUCUCAUACACUCUCUCGCUCCCUUGGAAAAGGAGGAAAAGCAACAACCAGCGAAGCUACAAAAAAGGAGGGAGCGAUUUCAGAAGACACAAAGGCUGCUCUCAAGGCUGCCUUGCUCAAAUCAGCUCUAAGGCAAAAGGCAAGAGAUGGAGGCUCUGCAGCUCUUGGUAUAGACCUAAUUAGAGGAGCUGUUGGAGGUUUAUCCUCAUCGCUUUCCUCCUCUAACUGUGGUCCAGAGCAGAGAAAGCCAGUGACUGCCCAGGAAAGAAAACGAGAGAGAGAAGAGAAACGUAGAAAGAGACAGGAGCGUGCCAUUGAACGAAAGAGGAAACUAAAAGAGAAGGAGAAGAAGGAGGGUAAACAAGGAGAAUGUUUUGGUGGGGUUGUACUCAGCGACAAUGACAAGAAGCUGUUGGAGCGCUGGGGAAGAAUGAUGGACAACCGGGUCGACAAAUUGCAGACCACAGAAACCAAUAGUGCCAAAAACAGUGACACAUCUCUCUCUAAUCCAGAGACUGUCAAUGGUUCUCAAGCCCUGGAUAAACUUUGUGGUUUAGGGGAGCAUCAGAAUGGUUCUCAUUCACAGGGCCCUUCAAAACAGCCUCCAGGAGCUGCAGCCCAACCCUGCCUUAGUCUCACUGACACUGGACAACCAGCAAACGGCAUCCCUGAUAUCCAUACAGUGACACAGCAACUCUCAAAGUCGCAGGUUGAGGACAUUUUGCCCCCAGUUUUCUCAGUGACACCCAAAGGCAGUGGAGCUGGGUACGGUGUUGGAUUCGACCUCGAUGACCUACUCACACAGUCUCUUACGGAGCUCCAGCACCCUGACCUCAGGGAAAGUCAGAAUGACUUGGGCCCCCUCUCUGCAUCCCUGCUUUCUGAUUGGCUCGAGGUACACCGCAUGACCCCUGUCGACAUGGAGUCACUUCAACAGGAGCUCCAGCUUGGAUCUCCCAUGAUCCUCUCUGACAACCCAGCACUCCCUGAUACCUGAUUCUUCCAUACAAAUUUCUUGACCAACACCUUGUACAGCCACUUUAGGGAAGUGCACAAUUGAACUUGACAGCCGUAUUGUCUACCAGUGUACUAGGCCUAGAAGAAUUGGCAGGGUGAAUCUCUUUGCUGUAGGCUCCAAAUAAUUAAGGACUUCACCUAAAAUCUAACCCAGAAAAGUGCCUUUAUCUUGAAUGGGUUCACAUACACUAUUUAUAUGUGCCAACACUGAAGUAUUAUGCAGAGUUCAGAUCUUGAGGUAUUUUUCAUUCUAAGAAUUUGUGCCAUCAUAAAGCAAUAAAGAUAAACCAGGGAGUUCAGUUCUGUUGUAUCAGUUGUGUUAUGUCUCCUUCACUUUGAUAUUCAUUAACCCUGGUAUGUCUGAAUAUGACCUCAUUCAGCUGUUUUUAAGGCAACGUUCAAGCAACUGUCUUAUGUUUAUCCAAAGUUAUUAACUGUACACUACAAGUCACCACCAGGGCAGCAGUAUUGUGUUGGAUGAAACACAACAAGGGCAGCAUAGCAAAGCAUAGCAGAAGAUGCCUGACUGUAGAUAUUAGUGCAGAGUAGACAAAUGUUUCAUUUGAUGUUGCAUGAAUGCCUAGUAGAAAAUAUUGAAACUUGCUCAAAAACAUGCUAAUUUGCUCAGUUAUUACACCAGCAACAAAAGGAGAAUUGUCUUCAAUAAAGCUGUCAAAGGGAUUCAUAUGCCCUUUAAUAAUGGUUUUCUAUUUCAUGAUGCAUAGAAGUCAUAUUUUCACAUUUCUGUAUGCAGUGUUUGAAUAA